UGGAGAAGUGCGUCUGUGGGUACUAUGAAGGAAUCAUGGAUUGGGAUCCGGACGAACCCAUCGAAAUGUGGUCAUGUACAAAAGAAUACAGUGGUCAUACACAUCAUGUCGUAACAUUUGAUAGUCUGAGAGUUCCUGACAUUCAGAUGGACGAAUUAGAUAUGAAAAAAUUGGAACUAAAUGUGGGAAAGACCCUUGAAACAGAGCAUGAAAGAAUACGCAGAGAAGAAAAUGACGAAGUACGUAACGAGGCAGCUGAAAGAAAAAAUGAGUAUAAAAGUGAAGUUCAAUGCUGUCCACAAAUGACGGCACUAAAAGUCGAAAAUAGCAUUCCAGGAGGUGAUGUUAAAGCACUUGUAAAGGUUAGACAUUCGCCAUUGGACAGGCAAGCAACUGAACGAGAAGUAAGCAUGAAAAUAGAAUAUGAAAGCGAUUGCAAAGAAGAAAAAAAUGACGAAGUACGUACUGCCGCAGCCGAACGAAAUGGUGACUAUAUAGGUGAAGUUCAAAGCUAUCUACAAAUGAAGUCACUAAAAGUCGAAAAUAGCAUUGCGACAGUUGGUGUUAAUGGAAUUGUAAAUGUUAGACAUUGGACAUUGGAGAGGCAAGCAGAUGAACGAGAAAUAAGCAAAAAAAACAGAACUCGAAAGAGAUUGCAAAGAAGAAGAAUAUGAUGAAAAGCACAAAGACGCAGAUGAAAGAAAAAUUGACUAUGAAAGUGAAGUUCAAAGCUAUGCGCAAAUGAAGGCACUAAAAGUCGAAACUGGAAUUGCGACAGGUGGCGUUGAUGAAAUGGUAAACGUUGGACAUUGGCCAUUGGACAAGCAAGCAGCUGAACGAGAAAUAUGCAU